CCCUGACCGCCAAACCCAACGGCGCCGUUUCAUCUUCAAAGCCCUCUGACUUCCCAAUGGCCUCCGACGACCAAGCCGGCGGCGAAGUCAAGACCUUCAAGAGCUUGGGCCUCUGCGACGAGUUGGUCGAGGCCGUUGGCAAGCUGAACUGGGAAAGCCCUACCCCUAUUCAAGUCGAAGCAAUCCCUCACGCCCUAGAUGGUAAGGACUUGAUUGCACUUGCCCAAACCGGGUCGGGUAAAACCGCUGCUUUUGCCCUCCCCAUAUUGCAGGAUUGGAUUGAUUCUUCUCGCCCGAAAAUUUUUGCUUGCGUUUUGGCCCCAACUAGGGAGCUUGCGAUUCAGAUUUCGGAGCAGUUUGAGGCUUUGGGGUAUGCAGAUGGUCUCAAGUCUGCAGCGCUUGUUGGAGGAGUGGACAUGGUUCAACAGGCUAAUAUGAUUGGAAAGCGGCCACACAUUAUUGUUGCUACACCUGGACGCCUCUUGGAUCAUGUUUCCAACACCAAAGGAUUUUCUCUUGGUUCAGUGAAGUAUUUGGUUUUAGAUGAGGCAGACAGGUUGCUUAAUGAGGACUUUGAAAAGACACUUGAUGACAUUCUGAAAGUCAUUCCUCGUCAACGGAGAACAUAUUUGUUUUCUGCUACCAUGACUAAAAAGGUCAAGAAGCUGCAAAGAGCUUGUCUAAGGAAUCCUGUGAAGAUUGAAGUAGCAUCUAAAUAUUCUACUGUGGACACACUAAAGCAGCAGUAUCGUUUUCUGCCAGCUGUGCACAAGGACUGUUAUCUCGUAUAUAUUCUGACUGAAAAGUCUCAGUGUACGACUAUGGUUUUCACCCGUACAUGUGAUGCAACACUCCUUUUAGCAUCAAUGCUUCGAAAUCUUGGCAUAAGAGCCACACCUAUUAGUGGUCAUAUGAGCCAGUCGAAAAGACUUGGUGCCUUAAAUAUGUUUAAAGCUGGACAGUGUAAUGUACUUAUCUGCACAGAUGUGGCAAGUAGAGGACUAGAUUUUCCAGUGGAUAUGGUUAUCAAUUAUGAUAUUCCCUCAAAUUCUAAGGAUUAUAUUCAUCGAGUGGGAAGAACUGCUCGUGCUGGACGGUCUGGUGUUGCAAUAUCUCUUGUGAAUCAGUAUGAGUUGGAGUGGUAUAUACAGAUAGAAAAGCUUAUCGGCAAGAAGUUACCUGAAUUCGCUGCUCAAGAAGUGGAGGUCCUUCAAUUUUUGGAACGUGUCACAGAGGCCAAAAGAUUGGCCACCUCGAAAUUAAAAGAAAAGGAAAGGGGAAGCAGAAAGAGAAAAGGGGAAGGAAAUGAAGGCGAGGAUGAUGUCGUCGGAAAGUAUUUGGGUCACAAGGACGGCAAGUCCAGAAAGUUCAGAAAAAGAUGAGGUUGCCUGCAGCUCUACCAAGUUUUGACAAUGGAGUUUUCAUUUCUGUAGUUACUACCUUAUCUGAAAAUGAUUAAAAUCUAUUGGCACUUUUUUUUCAGACAAGAAACUGGAGUAAUUAAUUUUUCAACCAUGAGUAGUCGUAUAUGCUCCUGUAAGAUUUGAGAAAAUUCUGAAUUACCGCUACAACAACCGACUUUCAUACAGGAA